GCGACACGGGAGCCCGGCCGCCCAGCCAGCGCCGCCCCAGCCCGCAACCGCCGGCCGGCCCCUCUGGGAUGUCCGAGGGACCCAGGCGUUCGGGACGGUGACCAAGCUAGCCCGAGGAUGGGAGGGCGCCCACAGCUCGGACUGGUCAAGGCCCUUCUCCUCCUGGGGCUGAACCCCAUCUCCGCCUCCUUCCAGGACCAGCACUGCGAGAGCCUGUCCCCGGCCAGCAAUAUCUCCGGACUGCAGUGCAAUGCAUCCGUGGACCUCAUUGGUACCUGCUGGCCCCGGAGCCCUGCGGGGCAGCUGGUGGUGCGACCCUGCCCUGCCUAUUUCUACGGCGUCCGCUACAACACCACAAACAAUGGCUACCGGGAGUGCCUGGCCAAUGGCAGCUGGGCUGCCCGUGUGAACUACUCGGAAUGCCAGGAGAUCCUCAGUGGGGAGAAGAAAAGCAAGGUGCACUACCAUGUCGCUGUCAUCAUCAACUACCUGGGCCACUGUAUCUCUCUGGUGGCUCUCCUGGUGGCCUUUGUCCUCUUUCUGCGGCUCAGGAGCAUCCGGUGCCUGAGAAACAUCAUCCACUGGAACCUCAUCUCGGCCUUCAUCCUGCGCAACGCCACGUGGUUUGUGGUCCAGCUCACUAUGAGCCCCGAAGUCCACCAGAGCAAUGUGGGCUGGUGCAGGUUGGUGACGGCCGCCUACAACUACUUCCACGUGACCAACUUCUUCUGGAUGUUCGGGGAGGGCUGCUACCUGCACACGGCCAUCGUGCUCACCUACUCCACCGACCGCCUGCGCAAGUGGAUGUUCAUCUGCAUCGGCUGGGGUGUGCCUUUCCCCAUCAUCGUGGCCUGGGCCAUUGGGAAGCUGUACUACGACAAUGAGAAGUGCUGGUUUGGCAAAAGGCCUGGGGUGUACACUGACUACAUCUACCAGGGCCCCAUGAUCUUGGUCCUGCUGAUCAAUUUCAUCUUCCUUUUCAACAUCGUCCGCAUUCUCAUGACCAAACUCCGGGCGUCCACCACCUCUGAGACCAUUCAGUACAGGAAGGCUGUGAAGGCCACUCUGGUGCUGCUUCCCCUCCUGGGCAUCACGUACAUGCUGUUCUUCGUGACCCCCGGGGAGGACGAGGUGUCCCGGGUCGUCUUCAUCUACUUCAACUCCUUCCUGGAAUCCUUCCAGGGGUUCUUCGUGUCUGUAUUCUACUGUUUCCUUAACAGUGAGGUCCGCUCUGCCGUCCGGAAGAGAUGGCAUCGGUGGCAGGACAAGCACUCGAUCCGCGCCCGCGUGGCCCGUGCCAUGUCCAUCCCCACCUCCCCAACCCGUGUCAGCUUUCACAGUAUCAAGCAGUCCACGGCUGUGUGAGCUGGAGGGCCAGGCAGUGGAAGACCGUCUCCAGGCCCAGCCAGCCGCCCUGUCUGUGGAGGGGAUCAGCUCCUUCCCACACCCUGCACCCCCAGAAGCAUCUGGCACUGACAUCCUGGGGGCCCCCGCUCCCUGAACCCCCAGCUGAGCAGGAGUUCUAGGCCUGUGGAAGCAGACACAGUCUGGGCCACAGGACGAAUGGGAAAUAACCCCCUGCGCCAGCCCUCCCUGGAGAUGAAAUGAGAAUGGUGUGGAAGUGGCCAGAUGGAAAUCCAAAACGGCACAUGGGUCCCUCCAAGAGGUGUCUUCUCCCACAGCACAAGAUGGCCAGCCCACUGGAGACCUCGCUGCCCCAGGGGCAUCAUGGGAAACUUGCGACAGCACCCCUACCACCGUGAUGAUGCCUCCGGGUGUUGGCAAUGCCUCCCAAUACUGAUGGGAACCAAGGUCACGUUGCCAGGAGCCCUGGCCAAUGUCAUUAUAGAUUGGGUGUCAUCAUCAGCCAAUAGGCCACACCACUAGAAUCCUCCCAAGUCCCCAUAACUUCGUCUGGCACUGUGGCACCGCCCACAGAAAUGCCCUGCCUCGCUGCCUUGCACCAUCGGGGCUUUGCUGCCCUGCAGGCCGCUCAGGCUCCCCCUCCUUAACUGCUCAUAAUAUCUGUACCUUGAUUUCAGUCAUCUCUUGUCCCUAGUGCCUCCCCCUUUGUGGAAAGACGGGGGUGGGAGGGCAAUGGAGUGGCUGGCCCGUGAGCAAGAGCCUGGGUGUGCCCCGGCCAGAGCCCAUCUCCUUCUCAGGGGGCAGAGGACACUAGGGGGCCAUCCUGUCUCUAGGGCAGCCUCUCUGCUGGUCACAGGGGGUUUGUGGCCCCUGGAUGUCCUGUGGGGCAGUGUGAUGAACUCAGCAAAAAGAGGAGAGGGGGCAAGGCAUUUGGCCUCUCUCUGCCUGAGCGUCCUGGAGCAGGACAAGUGACUCUUAGGGCAACCAGCCAGCCCCCACUGGGCCCUCCCAUGUCCAGAGGCACCGGGCCACCAGAGCAGGGCUUUGGGAGAUGAGGGUGUCAGCUGUGAGGGGAUGGCUGCUGUAAAUAAUAAUAUUUAUCUUUUCUACCUGCA